GGUUAUAUCGGCGCCACAGAAGGCGCUAACAUAUUAACCGACGGCUCAAAGAUAACCACAAAAGUACGCGAAGAGUUGGAUGAGUCGCUCGAAGACGAUGAGAUACUCGAAGAUCUCGCCUUCGAAGAAGAGAUCGCUAAACUGGCCGAAGGCGGCGGACUCAGGAACCGACAACAGGUGCUUACUUUGGCUCGGCUUAUGGUUCGCGCCGAAGACACGCCAUCGAGGAUUAAGUUAAUUAAUAUAAUUAAGGGAACGAUAGAAAUGGCAUAUUUACGACUACUACUCGAUUAUCACGGCUUACAACUGGUGUGGAGCUGGAUGUUUGAGGUCGAGGACUAUGAACUCAAAGCAGCCAUUUUAGAGCUCCUCGAGAUCCUUCCCAUUCCUAACAAAACAAUGUUAACCGAUAGUAAACUCCUCGAGAUCCUUCCCAUUCCUAACAAAACAAUGUUAACCGAUAGUAAAGUAUAUUCAGUGGUCGAGCGAUGGUCUCAACAGACAGAUGGGCCUAUCAUUAAAAGCAUUGAAUCAUUAACUCCUUUGACUUCGGAACCGCCAAUCGUUGAACCAAUCGUUGAGCAAAUUGUUGAACCAAUUAUUGAGCCAAUCGAUGAGCCGAAGGUUGAGCCAAUGGUUGAGCCGAUGGUUAAGCCAAUCGAUGAGCCAAUGGUUGAACAAAUCGUUGAGCCGACGGUUGAACCAAUCGGUGAUACAAUGGUUGAGCCGAUGUUCCUCCCGACACCGUUGUCUGUGAUAGUAGUGAAGCCACUGAUGCUCUCAUUGAAGCUCCUCGAGAUCCUUCCCAUUCCUAACAAAACAAUGUUAACCGAUAGUAAAGUAUAUUCAGUGGUCGAGCGAUGGUCUCAACAGACAGAUGGGCCUAUCAUUAAAAGCAUUGAAUCAUUAACUCCGUUGACUUCGGAACCGCCAAUCGUUGAACCUAUUGUUGAAUCAAUUAUUGAGCCAAUCGAUGAGCCGAAGGUUGAGCCAAUUGAUGAGCCGAUGGUUAAGCCAAUCGAUGGGCCAAUGGUUGAACCAAUCGUUGAGCCGACGGGUGAACCAAUCGAUGAGCCAAUGGUUGAGUCAAUCGUUGAGCCAAUUGUUGAGCCGACGGUUGAACCAAUCGAUGAGCCAAUAGAUGAGCCAAUGAUUGAACCAAUCGUUGAGCGGAUGGUCGAGCCAAUUGGUGAAUCAAUUGUUGCGCCCGAAGACAGUGCUAUGAAUGAGAGUACUGAAGAAGUCAAGUCAGAAGUUCCUCCCGACACCGUUGUCUGUGAUAGUAGUGAAGCCACUGAUGCUCUCAUUGAUGUCAAACCCGAAGCAAUUGUAGAAAUAGAACCACAAGCAGAGCCCACUCCCACUGAGGGUACAGAUGUAUCGCAUGAGAUCUGUUCCACAACUAAAGUGGAAGAAUCUGAUCCAUUAAAAGACGAUAUAAAAGCUGAGAAAGAGAGUGAGACGGAGACCGACAAAGAAUUGGCCACUAAUAGCGUUAAAUCUAGUCCACGAAUAGAACUAAAGAGUUCUUCGUUAUCGUUAGUGAUAAAACCGCGGUCUUUGCCGAACGCUGCGAAACCCGAAACACCGCAAACCUCUCCUCCAGUGGUUAAGUCUAAGCCGAGUAUCGCAUCAAUGGCUCAAAAAUUGUUACUUAAUUGGAAAGAACUGAAAGAAGUUUUUAGAAUUCCUCGACUCGAGAGACAGAAGCGAUACGAAGACGAGAAAGAGGCCGACAGGAAGACUAUGGAAGUGGAGGAGCGGAGGGCCCGAGGAUUACCUCUAAACUACGACAAGAGAGGGAUUGACGACAGAGACUAUACGAUCGCUGGUAUUCUCGGCACUAAACGCAAGGGAAUCAAAAGAGGCAACGAAUCUAAAGACACGCCCAAUAAGAAGCCGUCGAACGCAUUCACGCAACAGAUAAUGUCAUCCAAUUAUAACAUAAAUAAAGUGAGUAAAGAAGAGCACCGGAAGAUGUUUGAGAUGGAAGUGGCGCAGAAGGACUAUCAGGAGGCGCUCAAACGCUAUCACCAACAGUUGGCCUAUUAUAACGCCGUUUACGGCCCCCAAUAUCAGGCACAACAACAACAACAGCAACAAUCACAACAACCAUUUUAUGCAACACCAGAGGCGCCCGUCGUUCCCACCGAACAGUAUCCCAACGCUUACGAGGCGCCCGUCGUUCCCACCGAACAGUAUCCCAACGCUUACGGUUACGGCGAACAGUACUAUAACACCGAUCCAAACGGUUAUUAUCAGCAGACCGUUGCCUAUCCAACGGUGCCCACAGAGACGGCUACUGGCUAUGAAUACGCCAACGCAGAGACCGCCCAACCGUUGACUGAUUAUAUUGAGGACAAUACCGCUUAUGAAGAGAAUACGUUGUUAGGUAUCGAAACGGCUCCCAAUUUAGUGCCAUUGGCUAAUAUUGACUGUCAAUUUGCCACCGAAACUGAGUCUUCGUUGGCCAUUGAUUCGGUUCCACACCAUUGUCUUGUUUAUAACGAUUGUGACAAAAAAUCAGAUAAAAGUGAUCCUAUAUUUGACGCCCUCUAUCCGCCGCCCGGAGUCUUCUAUGUGACCCCUGAAGGACACAACUAUUUUACGCCAAUACCUAUCGAUCGCAACCAAAAUGCCGUUCAAAUUGUUUUCAAUAAUAACAUUACGGUUCCGUUUGACAGCAUUUAUACCAAAUCUUUAACUACUAUUAAACUGGAACCCAAUUGGAUGCAUCGCAGCGACAGUAAUGGCAAUAUUUAUUAUUACAAUAAAAUGAAACCAAAGUCCCAAUGGAUUCCACCCGAAGAGGUUCCUCCAAAAUGCGUGACACCCGUAGCGGCUAUAGUAGAGGCCAUUGAACCGAUCGCUGAUAUAACGGCUGCCAUUACUAAACAGACUGAUAACGAAGACUCGACUUCAGUGCCAGAAGUGACGCCUCACACGACACCCAAAUCUGAAGCGGCGGAUGAGCCGAUGGACGCGACCGCCAUAAUGGCCUCCAUAGCCGCCAGCAUCGCAGCGCCCGUUAGCGUAGACCCUGUUGUCGCAGACAACGAGAACUCAAUCAAUUCGACCCACAGUUCACCAAAUCUUCUGCAAUCUAUACUCGCAUUGGAAGCGGAUCCACGAAAGCGGCGACAAUUGCUUAACUCAGCGCUACCGUCGACCACAACGGCCGCCGCCGACACCUCAUCGUCGGCGACGCGCAAGAAGUCGUUUCACUCGACGCGUCAAAUACAAGAGUAUUUCCGGACAAAAAUGUCUGAAUAUGUGGUCCAUUGUCUUAAUCCUUACCGACGGCCCGAAUGCAAGAAAGGAAGGAUUUUAAACAACACUGAUUUCAAAUAUUUGGCCCGAAAAUUGACGCAUACUAUAAUGGGAAAAGAGAUCAAACAAUGCAAAUCAUUGGAACAGUUGUCUUGUAAUGAAUCAGUAAAGACUAAGACAAAGGAAUACGUGAAGAAAUAUAUGGCCCGAUUCGGCCCCUUCUAUAAGACAGAGAACACGACCGCCGACAGCCAUAAAGCGGUCGUUUCGCCCAAAGAUGUUGUGUCUAACACUGCGAACGAUUGAAAACAUUUUCAAUUUAAUUGUAAAUUAAAGUUAAAUAUUUUUCGAAAUACAUGUAAAUAUCAUAAAACAAAAGACAUUAAAUUUUUAUAUAAAUUAUGAUAUUAUUGUAAGAAUGAGUCCACACUUUCAGCCAUAAAAUGCAUCCGAGACUCGACAUGACAUGACAUCUCAUCCAUCCAUACAUUAAAAUAAUUUUCUCACUUAAAUGUUGUAAUAAUUGAGUUGUAAAUGAAGUUUUAGUUUCAUUAUUAGAAAUGAAAAA